CAGAGCACUCGCCUUUGCGAGCGGGCUUUUUUUUACUUUCGGUGAAUCUUUGCGAGCGGUUUUUAAUAGGGAGAAAGGGAAAGAGGUCAGGUCCCCUUCUUCGCUUCGCUCGAUUUCCCAUCGCUUCUCUUCUCCUCCUCUACUUCUUCUACGAAGAGAUGGCCGCCAACUUCUGGACGUCGUCCCACUGCAAGCUGCUCCUCGAUCCCGAUAAGGUCGACGUCGUUCCCCUCCUUGAUAAGGAGAAGGGCCUCACCCAAGAGGAAUUCCGGCUCAUCAAGAUCCACAUGACUUUCUAUAUUUUGAAGUUGGCUCAGCAAGUUAAAGUAAGGCAAAGGGUUAUCGCUACUGCAGUGACUUAUUUUAGACGCGUAUAUACUAGGAAGAGCAUGACAGAAUAUGACCCACGUUUGGUUGCUCCUACGUGCUUGUACCUUGCAUCCAAGGCAGAGGAGAGCACAGUGCAGGCCAGACUUCUUGUCUUUUACAUUAAAAAAAAUGUGUUCGGAUGAAAAGUACCGCUUCGAAAUCAAGGACAUUCUUGAAAUGGAAAUGAAGCUUCUAGAAGCCCUUGACUAUUAUUUAGUUGUUUAUCAUCCUUAUCGGCCGCUACUUCAGUUAUUGCAGGAUGCGGGCAUGGGAGAUUUGACACAGGUCGCUUGGGGCCUUGUAAAUGACACAUAUAAGAUGGAUCUUAUUCUUAUAUACCCUCCAUAUAUGAUUGCCCUAGCCUGCAUAUACAUAGCUGUUGUGCUCAAAGAAAAGGAGACAACCGCAUGGUUUGAGGAGCUUCGUGUCGACAUGAAUGUUGUAAGCCUUAUCUUAGAACACUUAUCUGAAUGCUUGAUAUUUCUGUAUGAGUCUGGUUACUUCCUGAAUUUGAAACUAUUGUACCUGCGUGGGGAUUUGCAGGUCAAGAACAUAGCCAUUGAAAUAUUGGACUUCUAUGACUACUUCAACCUUGCAGGAGGUGAUCCUCAGAAAGGUAUCCCAGAGGAGAGGAUAAAUCCAGCUCUGGCCAAGUUGGUGACAAAGGCUUGAACGAGGCCAACAUGUUCAAUUAAAUGCUACAGCUGCUAGUGAAGGUCUACUUAUUAGCUGGAUGUUUAAAAUUUGAUCCAUCGCAAUUGGAAUUAUUCAUUCUUCUCAAUUGUUCCAGUUAAUGGGAAUAUGUAGGCUUGUUUGUUGAAUUAAAUGUUGAUGAUUAAUUCUUCUUGUAAGAAUUUCAGUUUCCUACUUAAUGGUAUUUAGAGAUUACGGUUAGUUU